AUGCGGCGUACUACACCAUUGGCAGGUACCGAUUACUGGGCCCGCGAAGACCCUGCUGAAAUCAAGCCAGCUAGUGGAGAUGAUCUAUGCGAGAAGCUGCUGGGUGGUCGUGCAGCACCUCGCGCUUGGCUGGCGGUUUGCAUUCCAGACGCGCCCUGGCGCCCUUCAGGAAGCGGCUCAUUGCACGUCCUUCUAUUUUCCAUCAUCCAUGUUAAUGGGCGUCAUUUAACGGGAGACGCCCAGACCCGGCGCCGUUUUAUUGUGUGGCUAUGUGCACAAACGGGCCUUUGCACCUUCAUUUUUUGCCAAGGCACGGCACUAACACCUCUUCGCAAGGUGCUGACUGACUGCGCUGACGUAUCAGUUUUGUCACAUAGCUGUUACGUCAGCGGACGGUGGGGUCGUUAUUAUCGACACUAA